UGAUUAUUUAUGGCGCAAGCUAUGUCAGUGGGAUAUAAAAAAAAUUAACCUAACACAGUAACACUAGCUAUACCAAUGACAAUAAACAACAAAGGAAAAUUAAUAAUUGACAUCUGACAGUGACAGUAAACAAAUGGAUCCGAAGUCUUCAAUACAACGAUCGCUUCCCCCUUUAGUCGAAGGUAAAGUCAAUGGAUACCUAGAAUUGAGGAUUAAUCAGGUCGUUUGGACCCGCAGAUCUCCUGGCAGUGUUACUGUUGUUGCUUGUUGGUGGGGUGAGCUGGACCAUGCCCAAUUCAAUCCAACAGAAGCGGCAGUAAAGGACAAUAACGUCACCAGGAAUACUGAAAUUUAUGCUGUCAAGACAAACUUUGAUUUAUUCAAAGAAUAUUUGAAAAACGCGGAGUCUCUUUCACUGUCGGUGUUGUCCAAGAAGACUCAGCAGUCUAUUGGAACAGCUAGUGUAAAAAAUCUACUGGAAAUAUUUAUUGACAAACCGGCUUGCUUUGUCCCAGUUUACACCAACGCAGGAUUCAAAAUUGGAGAUAUUCGCGUGUCGAUAAAACUGGUGCCUCUGCAGAAAAAUAAUAUUUCAAGAAAAUACUCUCGGGAGUCAACUAAAAUGAUUGACGAAAUCCCGAUGACUUUUUCUGAUGUUUAUUACACGGAAGUAAAUUCCAUGACUGAUGGUUUGUCUCCAAGUCUCAAGAGUGAUAAAUACCGAUCGAUUUUGCGUGAGAAGCGCAAGAAUCUGGACAAUGUCAAGGUCAAGAGUCCAGUGGACCUGACUGAUAAGUUGGUGGCUCAGGUUGUGGCACGAGCAAGAAAAUUACGCGGUGCUUUGACAAAUGAUUCGAGUGACGACCCGCUGGUUCUGAGUACUGACUCAACGCUGGACAGUUUCCGGUCUGAUGGAUCUGCUGAGAAAGAAGCUGCUCUGUAUAAAUAUUUUAUGGGCACUUCGAUGAGUCGGCGACGAGAAAAAAAAGCUUUGGAGACUUUACGGACUCAGUCGCCUACUCCAAGUCUUAUUGAUUUCGCUGUCGAGACCAUAAGGUCUUGCAAUGAAAAUCCUGUUGCAAAUAAUCAGCACCAGCAUCAUCAUCAAGACCAAGAUCAAAAUCAAAAUCAUCGGAACUUUAGUGCUAAUUCAAAAGAACUCGAUGAUUCAUCUGAAGAGCUAGUGGUUUCUACCAACAGGUUGAGUAUUCAACGCAAGGAAGCCAGUCCCAUUGACUACGUAGACAGCGUCAGAAUAAUUGUUGACUCUCUGACACUUACGUCAGCUGGUUUUCGACGUGUAAAGUCCUCAUGUCUGUCACGAGGUGACGGACUUCCUGGCUCCGUGACGUAUUUCGUCCAGUACGACCCAAGCUUUGCUAAUGUAAAAAAAUUAAACAAGAAAUCAGUCAACGGAAGUAAACCAGUCAAGAUGUGCUCGAAGCAGCAAGACGGCGAAAUCGUCCACUUCAACCACGAGGCGGUCUACAGCCUCCCCAAGAGUUACCUGCGCAUGGAGAUGCCUCUGAGAUUCAAAAUCUUUAAUCGACAUCUCAAUCAACGGACACCCACUGAACUGGGUAUCGGUUCCAUGUACAUCAGUGACGCGGCUCGGUCAUCAACACUCAGCACUACGCAGAGACUUGCUGUUAUCAAAAAAGGCAUUAAAAUAGGAGAGCUCAAGGUCACUGUUGAGCUGGGAUGCGACAAAACGCACUUCGGUAAACAAUUUGUAGAAGCUGUCACUUCAACAAAAGAAAAUAUUCCAGUUCUGGAGCUAUCGUCUAAUUUCACUAGUGCGUCGAGAUACAAAACUGCUACUGGAGGUAACAGCAACUCCAAUAGCAGAGGCACCAGUGCUCCGGAGAAAAGAAAGAGUUCUUGGAGUAACAACAUCACCAGGAAUACUAACACUGAUGCCAAUAGAAUGGACAGACAGAUGCAGACACGGGAUCAGCCAAGAGUUGGUAAUGAUAUACCAAGACCUCCCUCGGAAAAUACUUUAUUCCAUGGAUUAAUUUACAUUGGAGAUGGUAAAGAUCUUCCGAACAUUAGUACGUAUUUAAUUUGUCGCACAUUUUGGCGCGAAGAUCGGUCAGUCAGUCGUGUGUGCACUGGAACAAAUCCUUUCUACAAUUUCUAUCAACUGGUACCUCUCAUCCAUAAUCUCGAGCUUCUGGAACGAACAAAAGACAAUUGUAUUAUCACUGAAGUCUACACCAAGAAUUCAACAGAAGAUUCAUUAAUUGGAAUAGCUAAAUUACCUAUUCAUCAGCUGUACAUUGCUUACCGCGACCCUCUGGUUUUACCACAUCUGCUGAAGUCAAAGUACCCGGUGAUAAGUGUCGACGGCUGGGUGCCCGUAACUGAUCCAGUUAGUGGCGCACAUUGCGGAGAAAUUUACGCGUUGGUCGCACUGGGAACAGCUGAACAAAUAGCGCUUCUUGAAAUGACUCGUGGACUUCGUGAUUCAUCAACGUCAAUUCAUACUCCGCGUGCUCGUAUUAAUCCGGCUGCUGUGUCUGCUACUCCUGCUGCUGAUAGUUCAACGCGAAAUGAACGACAGAGAAAUGAAUCGCCUAGUGUUAGGACUCAGGAAUGUCAAACCGAAAUAACUGUUGACUUGAAGCAAUCACACGAAGAUCAAAAUAAUCGUGAUGAAGCUGUGAUCCAUACGAUUGUUGACAGACUAGCACAGGCACUGAGUGCUCCCAAGACAAUUGUCGAGCAAAGUGCACAGACAGAAUUUAAAUUUUCAAAUAAUUCAAACGAAUCGUGCGAGAAACAAAAAGUAAUAAACAUCGAGCCUCUGUGUCUCGACGCAUCGAGUAAUUCGCACAGUUUCUCAGCCGAGAGUUCAACUGACAGUCCUCGCGACAACUUCAAUUUGUCCCGCGAGAUUUUUCGAAGCGUGGGAGUCGGCGCCGAGUUUGAUGAACCCGCUGUUCAGACCCGCUCCUCAAACACUUGCUGCGGCCACCCGAGUGAGAGUGACGACAACGUUGCCGGGACUUCCUUCCACCUGGUUGACAACCCCUCCAGAGAUUACGACGCAGCAGCUGAACAGUCUUCUAGCUCUGACAACAAACUGGAACCUUACAAUGACAAUCAACUGAACUCGGAUAUUCCAAAUGAAAAAGCUUUCAAAGUAAUGGUCGAGAUUGACUGCGCCCUGCACUUGCCAAAAGUCGAAAUGAAUAACGAAGUAUCAGAACCCUGUACUUACGUGACCUUUCAAAAGUUUCGUACCAAUGACACCAAUCGUAUCCAGGCUUACAUGAUCACGAAUAUUUGUCCGUACAGCUGCAGUCCCAAGUACGAGUGGCGUUGCGAGACUAAAUUGCCUACAGAUUUAUUGAUCAAGGACGAAAAGCGACUCGUUAUGAAAGUAUGGCGGUUACUGGCACCAGAAACCAGCAUGAAUGUAAAUUUAGAGAAGGACAUACUCAUUGGUAUUUCGGCAAUUGAUUUGUCGGUGCUGACUUCUGGGUUCCCGACCAUCUCCGGCUGGUAUCACAUCAUGGACUUUGGUGGCAAAUCAAAUGGUCAAUUGAAAAUCACUGUCACUCCUCUGAACAAUGUCGUUGGACUUGGGAAGACUGUGGCCACAAGACCGAUCUCUGCUUUCAAUUAUACUAAUUUAUCAUCCCCUUAUUCGGACGAUUUGUCAAAGCAAGAUGACAAAAACGUGGACCAUGGAGACAGUGCAGAAGACAACGACCAAGAUCACGCUGAUGACAUUGAGCUGAAAAUCAGCAGUAAUCUAGGCUUUGGUGGAAUCCCGACGUCUAUUUUAUCACAAUCUUUAAAUGAUAAAAUGGAUCAAAUAAAAGAAAGCUUAAGAUUUCGCCUGCAUGAAGUAACCAGCAAGGCUUUUGAAGACUUGGCACAGCAGUUUGAUCCAACAGACCAGGAUUUCGAAUUUGAAGAUAAUGAAAACGAUAAGGAAAACGAUUUAGAGCAGGUUGCCGUGCCGUGGCUAUCGCAGUCAGCAGCUGUCAACAAUUCGACUGAUCGGGAGCGGGACAGAAGUGAGAGAAUAGUCAAUGGAAAUGGAAUAGACGCAGCGCGUCCGAGUGGGAACGCAACCGACACCGGUUAUUCUUCAGGUUCAAAUGUUCGCUCAGUGGCCAGUCUAACCAACGGACAUUGCACUCCCAGUAAAGAACGUCUUACUCAAACAAACACAAACGGGUCUAGUGUGAGCGUAAACGGGAAAGACACACGAGUUAAUGCGGGACAUUUAAAUGCCUACAGAGUCGAGAACUCAAAUAUCUGUAUGCGAAAUAACAAAAAAGUUUGCAGUAAUAGCGAAGUAUUUAACCUAGAUCUAAAUAACACGAGCGCUCCAGUAACAAACAAUCAAUAUGAAGAUGGGAAUCAGCCAGCUCGCGGCACACGAAUGCACAUAAAUCAUUUGUUAGACAAAUUAUCACCCCAAAUUCCUAUCGUGCCACCGCCAAUUGCAAGCCUGCCUAUGAAGCGGAGUAUAAUGGAUCUAUUAACCAGUUUGCGUCACAAUAACAAUAAUAAUAAUAACAACAAUUUAUCAAAUAAUGUUAAGUGUAAUCGUGAAGUUAAUAUGCGUACAGUACCGACUCAAACAGACAAUUAUAACGGCAACACACGAUUAUUUAAUUUAGAUACGACAAAUUGGCUUUUUCGCGAGCGGGAUAACGGCAGAGACGAUGCAGAGGUUCCAGCUAAAACCCAGAAGCGUGAAAAAAUAUCAACGGUGAUACGGGAAGAGCUGAUUGCUGAUGACCAGAAUAACGAUACCCUGGAGUAUGACUUUCUGUCGGCGCAAUUGAUGACGACUAAUGUCCGGCACAGGGGGACGGAAAAUACUUUGAAUCCUCUGCUGUACUCGCACCUGUUACCUGACAUCCCGAUGUCCGAUGAUCAAUCAGUGGAGGGUAGCAAUGAAGACAGAAAUAAUUUAGCCAGUUCUCAUCUGGCAGAAGCUGAUGAAGACGUUGAAAGACUAGACAAUCGAUACGUCGAGAGCUUCAACGCCACUAUCAAUAAAAGUCUCAAGAGAUUGAGGGAUCACGAUGUUAUUUCAUCGCACAAGUCAACAUCGAUCAGCGAAAUUGAUAAUAUGUCAACGGUUGCUGUUGCUGUUGGUGCUGGUGAUGGCGCUGAUGAAGGCGGUUACGGCGUAAUUGAGACCGGCGAAGUGUCUCGCGUGACUCCCUCCGGUGUUUCUGAAAACGUUGAUGGAAAUAUUGACGUUACUGUUAUCCACAAGCCUUGCAAUGAAGAUUUAAUGGCCUGCAACAAUGUAGAGUCAGCAAUUGCAACCACAACGGCAAUGGUUAUGACUUCGACAAUUACUACCAGCACAAGUACAAGCACCAACACAACUCCUCAACUUUUUUACGAUAAUGACAUGCAAACAGUUAGCGAAAUCGAUUGCAAUACCUCUCUAAACUCAUCCGAAACGUCUGUUUCUGUAAUAUCACGGCAAGCUCCUGAUGGUGGAAAUCCAAUUGAAGAUCCCGCUAGAUUUGUUUCUAAGCAAACUCAUCACGAACACGAUUCCUCAUCCUCCGAAAGUUAAAUGCUAUUUUAAAUUUUUUCAUCUAUUAGACAUUUAUAUAUAAACAUAUAUAUAAUUUACUUUUUUAUGCUUGACUAUUGACUACAGUAAUUAUUACAAACAAAAAAAAAAAAAUAGUAGAACAAAAGCACAUGAUGUGUGAAAAAAUCAAGUGACUGAUUCACGUAUACGUAAUUAGAUAAUAUUUUUAAAAAGUUGAUAAAUAAAAUUUAUAAAUAUAUACAUAUAUAUUUAAAUUGCAUAAGUACUGGAUGCUAAAAUAAAUUUAAUCUAUUAAAAUAAUAAACGCAUGUAAUAUGUUAACAGUAAAAAAUAUUUUUUAUAUUAUCUUUCUUGUAAAUACCGCUCAAUAAUUAGUAAUGUUAA